AAUGGUUGGCCAGUUUUAUUUUAGCCAUUGAAGUGAACAGAACAGAGACAUGGCACAAGCAAAAGUACUGCCACAAUAUAUAGCCGGCUUGUCCGCAGCGUUUGGAGCCUUUUGUAUGGGCGCCAGUAUGGGCUGGUCAGCACCCGUAGAGAAAAUGUUGACGGAGGAGGAAGCUUACGGGUUUCCAAUAUCCAGCGACCAAUUCGGCUGGCUCUCCUCUCUACUAACACUCGGUGCAACCGUCGUUUGCAUACCCGCAGGAUUCAUUAUCGACUGGAUUGGCCGCAGACCGACAAUGUUGGCCCUGAUCCCGCCGUACAUGGUGGGCUGGAUUCUGAUGAUCUUUGCACAGAAUGUGAUGAUGCUCUAUUUUGGACGUUUCAUUCUGGGCGUUUGCGGUGGUGCCUUCUGUGUGACUGCCUCCAUGUACACCACGGAGAUAUCAACUAUUGCCACACGUGGCACGAUGGGCAGCUUUUUUCAACUCAACAUUGUCUUGGGAUUGCUAUACGGGUAUAUUGUUGGCGGCUUCCUUCCGCUGUUGUACAUCAAUACACUCUGUGCCAUAUUACCUCUAAUCUUUGCCGCGGUGCACUUCUUUAUGCCGGAAUCGCCAGUUUAUUUGGUCAUGAAAGGUCGACCUGAAGAUGCAACCAAGUCUCUUCUCUGGCUGCGUGGCAAGGACUGCGAUGUCAGCUACGAGCUCAGGGAAAUUCUGGAGGAGACAACCAAGAACGUGGAUGAGCCCAAGGUUAGCACUUUUACUGCUCUGCGACGUCCCAUAACCCUCAAGGGAAUUGGCAUUGCGGUCAUGCUGCAGAUUCUGCAGCAGUGGACAGGUGUUAAUGCCAUUACGUUUUAUUCCACGUCCAUUUUCGAGGACGUUGGUGCAGGCCUCAGCGGCCGCAUCUGUACUAUUCUGAUCGCAAUUACUCAGCUGAUUAUGACUCUUGUGGCCACGUUGAUAAUCGACAAGGUUGGGCGACGGGUUCUGUUGCUGGUUUCCUCCUUCUUCAUAGUCAUUACCACCUGCCUAAUGGGUGUGUAUUUCCAAAUGAUGGGGCAAGACCCGCAGUCAGUGGCAUCUAUAGGAUGGCUGCCUAUUACCAGUAUAAUCGUGUUCAUGAUGGCCGGCUCCGUUGGUCUUGGGCCCGUGCCUUGGCUUAUUAUGGCCGAGCUCUUUACUGAGGACGUCAAAAGUGUCGCCGGCUCCAUUGCGGGUACCGUAAACUGGUUCUCCGCCUUUUUGGUCACAAAACUCUUCCCCCUUAUGAAGGAUAAUAUUGGACCAGCGGCAACAUUUUGGGUAUAUUCCGGCAUCGCAUUCGUCGGCUUCGUGUGGACGCUAAUUUGCGUGCCGGAGACGAAAGGUAAAACGCUUCUCGAGAUUCAACAGCUACUCGCCGGUGGCAAGAAAUAUAAUUCAAUGGAACAUACAACAUUUACAACCCUUUCCGGCCGCACUGAAAGUAAGGAUCAACAAUUUACUACUCAUUCAGCAGAAGUUAUUAAUUGCCGUUAGAACGGAACAAUCUUAAAAUCAGAUAAAUAGUUUUUCGAAUCUUGCAGUUUUUCAUUUAAAUCUGUUCAGCUCGAUUUAAACUUAAUCUAAGUCUGAUUCCAAGUAGAGCGAGUUUUAUACCAUAGGCA